AUGAGCAAUCUCUCAGAAAUUGAAAACAGACUUAUGCAUUUGCUUGACCUUGAACCCAAAGAUGAGUCGCGACCAAAGCUAAAUUCCUGGUUAUGCGAACUCGAAAGAAGAAAGGUGCGACUGCAGUCGAAACCGCAGGAACAACAGCAAGGCCAACAACUGGAACAGCAGCAGCACAAACAACAGCAACAACAAUCGGAUCAAGAAAACGAAGGCGAAGAGGGCAUGGAAGGAAUCAGCCCGGAUCUAGAGCUUGCUGGCAAGCUUAUUCGCGAGGCGAAAGAGGAACUUGCCAAGAAGAAGCUAGAUAUUGCAAACGCGUGCAGCAUAGCGCUCAGCCAAGUCGAGGAGAUGUUUGGUGGCGAGCCGAUAAGGCUUUUUACCAUUUCAAAAUCACGCAACAUAUGGACGCAGUUUGCUGCUGAUAAGCGAAAGGAGUUGACAGGUAGGAAUCACAACGCGGAUACUAGCUUGUACAAAAGUCAUUGUGUACUUAAUUUUUGGAUCAAGGAAAAUAUCGUGUGGAUAAUGGUCUGGAGCCCAACAGAUUGA